GCGGCUUCCGUAGUGUUGUUGCUUCAAACAGGAAAUCCAAGUUGCACACUGUUUUCUAGCCGUGCUGCUAACCACCAAAUAGAGCCAUGGCUGAAUACUCCCGUGUAAAAUCCACCAAACUGGUUUUGAAGGGAGUCAAAUCAGGGAAAAAGAGGAAGCAUAAAGAUAAGAAGAGAAAUGCUGCAGAUGAAGAGGAAAAAGCUGAUGUUGUUGCUGGCUGGUGGUCCAUUAGCAGCUUUGGGGAAAUCAGUGGAACCGUUGCCAUAGAGAUGCAGAACAACGCGUACAUCCAUGCCCUGGAUAGUGGCCUCUUCACUCUCGGAGCGCCGCACAAUGCUGAUGAAGGACCCGACCCCCCAGAACAGUUCACUGCCGUCAAGCUGUCUGACUCGAGGUUAGCCUUGAAGUCUGGAUAUGGCAAAUACCUGGGUAUCAACUCAGAGGGGAUGGUGGUGGGACGCUCUGAUGCCAUUGGUGCGAGGGAACAAUGGGAAGCUGUCUUUGAGAAAGGCAAAAUGGCUCUCCUGGCAGCAAAUAGCUGUUUCAUCUCCUACAGUGACAGUGGGGACAUCGUGGCCAAGAGCAAGACAGCAGGAGAUGGCGAGAUGGUGAAGAUCAGGUCGAGUGCAGAGCAGGAGGUCAAGCGUAAAGACGACAUCGCAGAAGAAGACAGGGGCAACGUGAAGUCCUGCGAGGUCAAUUAUGUUAAAAAGUUUCAGAGUUUUCAAGAUCGGCGGCUCAGGGUGAACGAGGAAGAAACCUCCACGCUAAAAAGAGCCAGAACGGACGGGAAGUUCCACGAAACUUUGCUUGACAGGAGAAGCAAAAUGAAAGCAGACAGAUACUGCAAGUGAAGAUUGUUCUCGUCUUUGUAAAUGAUUUUAUAGAACAGACCAUUUAAUUUUUCUUGUAAUGUAAUCUUCUGUUGCUUUUUUUAGAUUUUGAAUAAAAUUACGUGGUCAAAGCA